ACGAUUGCAACUGCGGACAUGAAAGACAGCGACGUGGGAGCAGACGAUGUGGCAACUGCCGAGCCAGCUGUGGGCGUGGCAGAUGCUAAUGCGGCGGCUGCUGCUGACGUGGCUGCUGCUGAAGCGAGCGGUUGCUGCUGACGUGGCUGCUGCUGCCGUGGCAGGUGCGGAUGAAAAACCUGUUGACGUGGCAGCUGAUAACGUGGCAACUGCGGUGCCAGCUGCGGACGUGGCAGAUGCUUACGCAGCUGCUGCUGAAGUGGUUGCUGCUGAAGCAGUUGCUGCUGACGUGGUGGCUGCCGCCGUGGUGGCUGCUGACGUGGUGGCUGCUGACGUGGCAGGUGCGGACGAAACACCUGCUGACGUGGCCGCUGACUACGUGGCAAACGCUGACGAUGCACCUGCAAGAACAAGGAGAAGAAGGAAUUGAAUUUGUUUUUGCUCCCACGUGCUGGGAGCCAGGUCCAGCGUCCCAUAUGAGAACAAAUAUAGAGUAAAUUGAGACACUGGCG